GGCCUGGCCUGGCCACGCUUGCAUACCUAGGAAAUGCAAGCUAGUCACCUGGCAAGAGAUAGGAUCUGAGUCUGUGAGGAUCGUCGUCUCCCCUUCAUGUAUUCUCUCCGUCGUUACUGUUCAAUGCUCCAUACGAGAUAUACGUCGGUUGUCGCCCCAACUCGCAAUGACAGACACAUCGACACCCAACCCUCCAACAAACUUGCAGGCGAGUAUGCCUCAUCCGCAAAAGAUUUCUGGUACUCCAUCUGCAGUGCAUUCAUCGAUCUUCAACCCUCCAGCAGAUCCACAGGGAGUCACCAUACUUCGGCGUCUGGCAGAUAUGCCUCAUCAUAUGGAGGCUUCGAAUACUUCAUCUGCGGCGAUUAGCACCACACAGAACCCUCCACACGCGAUCGAAGCAGGUCAUUGGAAGCUGCACAUCCAUGGUGCUGAUAUCCACCUUUAUAACAAACAUCGACGAAUGACAUUGGCAGAUUUGCAGGUGGACAAAGAUCCCCCGAAAGAGUGUGUGGCUCAUUUUGAAAGGAUACAGCAAGCACUUGCCGUUUCGUUCAAUAUGGGCCAGCUAUCGAUGGAAUUUAAUCAUUUGAUCAAUGUUUACGAUGCGCCAUUGACUGUGAUACAUCGCGACGAGUCUUACAUCUUGUCCCGGAUUUCCUAUUGCGAGGAAGAUAGAUGUAGUGUUAAGCUCGGAGUUUACCGUAGCCAUUGGACGUACGCCAUACCAGCAACAUAUUCAGAGUGUAUCUUCGAGCCGGUGGUACUAACAGCACAGUUUGGAGGCACCUAUUGGUUUGAGGAUGGCGGCGGAAAAGUUAUUCUGGUUGCACGCUCCCGGGGCACAGCACCCCCUUCUGACGUCUUCUCAAGUCUGGUCUGUGGUGACCAAAAGCCGACCAAAGUCCUUGCGCCUUGGAUGCCGGGCGAGGAGGAGGUUGUGGCCAUGGCUUCUCUCAGGAUUCAUGCCGACACAGAGAUUGAUCCUACAUACCACGAUAUUGAAGUCUCAUAUGGAGUCUCUAGAAAUUGGGUCAAGCUUUCUCACCUCAAGGUUUAUAACCCGAAUGUCAACCUCAACGAUACACAGAAUUCAAUUGCAGAGUUUCUCGGACGAACAUCCUCUCUGAUCUUGAAGUUCCCGGCAUGGGCCGAGGAUGAUGUUAAGACGGUGUUCAAUCAUUACGUCGACAAAAUGCUGCUCGAAUCCGUCGGCCUUGGACUCCUCGACGUGAACCGGUCCGAAACUUCCUCGAUUGUUGAUCAAGACGGUUAG